AUGGCUGAACCAAUUCACCAGUUUCAUGCAUCUUCAAACCCCGUGGUUUUCUUCGAUAUCGCCCUUGGAGGCGAGUCUCUGGGCCGAGUGAAAAUGGAGUUGUUUGCAAAUGUCACCCCUCGGACCGCAGAGAACUUCCGGCAAUUUUGCACCGGAGAGAGCAAAAACUCCAAGGGGCAACCCCAAGGGUACAAGGGAAGCAGGUUUCAUAGAGUAAUCAAAGAUUUCAUGGUCCAGGGAGGAGAUUUUGUGAACGGCGAUGGCACCGGGACCUGUACCAUCUACGGCACCCCCAAGUUUCCAGAUGAGAACUUCACUUUGAGACACGAUCGCGCAGGUCUCCUGAGUAUGGCAAACUCGGGCCCAAACACCAAUGGUUGCCAAUUCUUCAUCACCACCACAGCUACGCUCUUCCUCAACAACAAGCAUGUGGUCUUUGGCCAGGUGGUAGAUGGCAUGGAGAUUGUGCAAAUGAUUGAGCACACUCGUACUACCAGGGACAAGCCGAACCAAGAUGUCACAAUUGUGCAAUGUGGAGAAAUGUAA